AAGUCGGAAUGUUUUGGGUGAUGCACGUAUUGUUAAGGAAGUUGUCUUCAACCAUGCUCAAAAUAAAACUCCCAUCUCUUUUAGCUGAAUAAUAACGGUUUUAAAUAACAUAUCGGGGUUGUCGCACAGCGUGCACACAGGUUUGGGUCAUCACAGUCGCUAGUAAUGAAACUAAAAGAGUUGGAGAGUUGGCUACAGCAAGUGGACGCGUUUGAAGAGCCAAAAAUUCUUCUUGAGCAAUAUCCAACCAGUCCUCAUAUUGCUGCAUGCAUGCUUUAUACAAUCCAAAACACGUUUAAUGACAUUGAGGGUAAACUAGUGGCAGAUCUGGGAUGUGGCUGUGGAGUCUUGAGCAUCGGGGCUGCGAUGCUGGCUGCAGGUUUGUGCGUCGGCUUCGACAUUGACAACGAUGCACUGGACAUAUUCAGAAGAAAUGCAGAGGAAUUUGAAAUUUCUAAUGUGGACCUGGUCCAGUGUGACCUGUGUUCUCUGGAGGCAGAGGCGUAUGCCAAAAAGUUUGACACCGUAAUAAUGAAUCCACCAUUUGGGACAAAACACAACCAAGGCAUGGACAUGAAGUUCUUGUGGGCUGCUAUAACAAUGGCAAAGACAGCAGUGUAUUCACUCCAUAAAACAUCAACACGAGAGCACAUACAAAAGAAAGCUAAUGGCUGGGGAGUGAAAAUGGAAGUAAUAGCAGGUAAGAAUAAUACAGUACAUCUUUUCUCUAAAAUAUUCAAACACUUACUAUGUACUCUCUUUACAGAACUAAGAUAUGACUUGCCAGCAUCUUACAAGUUCCACAAAAAGAAGUCGAUCUUGAGCUGACGUUUCUCAAUCAAAACAGCAUCUGUCCACUGUAGAUACAUUUUAAACCAAGAAGCAGUACAACCUACCUUGAUAACACAAGCAUCUCAUUGUCUUUGAAUGAUUUUAUGUCUGAACGUUCAAGGAACUGCUUAGAUGAAUCUUCUGUGUCAAAACAGAUAAACACUGAUCCCUGUAAAAGAAUAACUUCAAGUAAUUAGAAAAACGUCGCCAGAUUCACUGGAAAAACAUUCAAUUGGAAUUGUUAAAUAUAUUUAAUUUACCUUGAACUGCCUUUGCAGGUUUCUCCUCAUCUGAAUGUUUUCUAUUGCACCUUUCCCAUUCAGCCACUCCUGAAUCUCAUCAAGGGAAGUUUCGAGAGGAAACCCUUUCUAGAUGAGAAAAAGUAAAGAAUAUAAUCACAAUAUGUACAAAAAUGUGACAGCAUUUAUGUACAUUUAGCACAAAUACGGAGUGCCAUGACAUGCAGAUGUUAGCUAAGAAAACACCUGGUCUAUAGUUUAUAGAAUGUAAAUGUAUACUCUUAGGUACACCUAGCUACAUCAGUCUCUAACAGUCCUGCAAUAUACUCUACCUUUAAGAAGGUUAUAAUGUUCAGUUCUAGUUGAAACUGUUUUAGAGAGGUGUUGUUCAACUGAGGAUGUAGGCGUGUUACUUUUAGUUUUUCCUGCCGAUUUAUAUCAAAGAGCAUAGGCUAAAAGACAGAAACACCUCUCUGUUCAAGUACAGUUGAACCAACACCUCUCUAAAACAACAAAAACUGAAAAUUAGAACCUUUAUGAAAGUGAAAUAUUUCACAGAACGUUUGUAUUACACUGUAUUAGUUUUAGCUAGGUGUACCUAAAAAAUAAAUACAUGUUUUAAUUAAAAUAAGAAUUCUAAAUUAGUGUGCAUUCCAUUGAAAAACUUACUAUGUACACAGAUUUGUGUUUAAGAGCAUCUUUGUAAUCAUCGUUCACUUCGGGUAAGGGUUUGUUUGGAGACCUCCUGAUUUUAGUUUUGUCUUCACUCAUUUCCAGGAGGCCAGUCUUUGAUUUCUGGAGAGCUUCAACGAUGACGUUGGUUUCUGUAGUUAAAAUUUUCAAUCUGGGAAGAGAUUACAGACGUUUCAACAAAUACUCUGAACUCAAAAGGGGAAUAAAGGCAAUUUAUUACUA